GUCUGCAGAUCAGAUCAUUAUGUGGAUUCCAUGGUUUGCUGUGAUCUGGACGGUGGUCGCCUUCUCUGCUGCUGACAAUUCAUGUCCAGAAGUGAAGAUUUUAGGAAUUGGAGACUCCGACAAACUGACCAUACUCAGAGGGUGCCCAGGCUUUCCUGGAUCUCCUGGCCAGAAAGGAGAAGUUGGGUCAUCUGGAGUAAAAGGAGACAAUGGACUUCAGGGCAUCGCAGGGAAGCUCGGCCCUCCAGGUGUAAGGGGUGCUGACGGCUCCAAAGGCGAAAAGGGGCAAAAAGGUGACCCUGGAUCAUCUGAGUCCGUGUAUGCUGCAAAAAACUGCAAGGAAUUACUGGAGCGGGGUGAAGUGCUAAGUGACUGGCACACAAUAUACCCAGAGAGCCAGAAGCCGCUAAAGGUUCUGUGUGAUAUGCAUACUGACGGGGGCGGCUGGAUUGUUUUCCAGAGGCGCUGGGAUGGCUCUGUUGACUUUUUCCGGGACUGGAACUCAUACAAGAAUGGAUUUGGCAGUCGUCUGAAUGAGUUUUGGCUUGGAAAUGACAACCUUUAUAUGCUGACAUCGUCAGGCACAUGGGAAAUGCGGAUUGAUCUUCAAGAUUUUGAAAACACAAAGCAUUACGCCAAGUAUGCGUCUUUCCAGGUCCUGGGAGAAGAUGAAAGUUAUAAGUUGUUACUUGGGGACUUCAAAGAAGGCAACGCCGGUAAUGCAAUGGACGUUCACGUAGACCAGCCAUUUGCCACAAAGGAUAAAGAUUUAACUGCAGAAAAAUGUGCCACCCUAUACAAAGGCGGCUGGUGGUACUACAAGUGCCAUCACUCAAACCUAAAUGGACUUUAUCUGGGCGGACAGCACGCCUCGUUUGCCAAUGGAAUCAACUGGGCCUAUGGAAAGGGUUACAAUUACUCCUAUAAAUUCUCGGAAAUGAAGAUCAGACCCGUCCAGUAAGAUCACACCAAUAUAAAGUGGAAAAAAACAAAACAAGACAAGAACUUAAAGGAGGACCUCCAGCUGAAAACACGUUAGAUUGCAAUAUGUUGAUAUAUAGGACCAGAUUUACUAAUGUCUCUGCCAAAAAUCUGUCUAUAAAGUGGCACAAUCUGGCGCAUUUCCACACUUUUUCUGACAUGUUCAACAAGUGGGUGGAGCUUAGCAGAAAGGGUGGGGCUUCAAAAAAGGAGGGGCAUACAAUUCACUAUUUUGCCCCCAAAUUGUGCCACAAUUCCUGCAUAAAAAUUUGUCUCACUAUAAACAACCAAUAGUUGGUACAGAGUCAGAGAAGAGUGUCUAUCCCUGCUCCACACGUAUCAUCUAGCCUGAGCCAAUGUGCCGCCUGUCUAAGCUUACGCCAUCUUUUAAACGAGUAAAUCUGGACCACGGUGUCUUGUUACUUAAAGGCUAUGUACACCUUUGGGGGCAAUUUUUUUUAUUUGUUCAUUAUACUCACUAUGAGCUAAAAAUAUUUUUUUCAAUUGGUCUUUAUUAAAAAUAUGGAAUCCUUUUUUCUGUACAGAGCUGAGAUGCUCUAAUAAAGGGAUCUGGAUUUUCUGUCUUUUCCGUCAGUUAGGGAGCUGACGGGCUCCUUAUCUCUGAUCUCUGACAUUAUGAACACUCAGUACAGCUCAGUUCUUACCAUUCUGAUAAGAAUGUGGCUUAAAUAAGUGUUUAUGAUCUCUUGGUAAAUUAGAGUUAAGGGUUAUUAGAGGACCAGCACAAAGUGAAAGUAGGAUUCACACAACUAGAAAAACAGUUCACCCUUUGUGACAGAACGGCUCAAUAUUUUUAAUAAAGACCAAUGGAAUUUUUUUUUUUUUUAGCUCCAAAUGAGUAAAAUGUGAUCAUAAAAAAAUAAAUUGUCCCCAAAGCUGUGCAUAGCCUUUAAUGAGUAAUAAUACCGCCAUCAUUAUGCCAAGUUGUAAUAAAAGAUGGGGAAAUAUGCAUCAGAAA